UUCACCAAUUUCCCAGUGCCUCGUUUUCUUCUCUCCUCGUGCUUUUUCUCCCUUAAAACCCCUCGCCGCCGACGGCCUCGCCGGAACCCUAGUCUCGUAAACUUAACUGGGUCGAUCGUCGGCGAGGCGGUCGGUACCAGGGUCUCUACGCUACGCGCGUCGUGAUCGCCGUAUCGGUGGUGCCGCAGCCAUCCCGCCGGAGACCAUGUCGGGAGGUGGCCGGCCACAGGUGGCACGGAAGGUCGUGCAGUCGGUGCAGAGGCGCGUCCCUCUCGCGCCGAGGCUCCCGCCCAUCGCCGUCCCCAGCGAAUACCACCGGUUCCCCGUGCCGUUGCCUUCCGCCGCCGCGGCAGCAGCAUCCCGGGGCAGCGUUCGCGGCGAUAUCGAGGAGGGGAUCGUCACCACGAAGCCUCUAAAAAGAAAGGCUCCAUGUCAAAAAAGUGAUGCUGCUGAGUUAACUAGAAGGGUAAUGACCAGCCCUGGGUUUACAGAAGGACUUGGCAGUCCACUUACGACUCCAGUCUCUGGAAAAGCUUCUAGGACAUACAAGUCAAAGGCUAAAUGCAGCAAAUCUGGACCUCAGACCCCUAUCUCAAAUGCUGGUUCACCUGGCAACCCACUCACUCCUGCUGGUUCUUGCCGCUAUGACAAUUCACUAGGACUGUUGACCAAAAAGUUCAUUAAUUUGCUCAGGCAGGCUGAAGAUGGCAUCAUAGAUUUGAAUGACGCUGCAGAGACGUUGGAUGUUCGAAAAAGGCGCAUCUAUGACAUCACAAAUGUCCUUGAAGGAAUUGGGCUGAUAGAGAAGAAGAUUAAGAACACAAUCCAUUGGAAAGGUUUAGAUGGCUCGGGAAGUAACUCAGAUAAUGUAGUUUCAGUUCUACAGACAGAAGUUGAAAACCUUAAUCUCCAGGAGGAAGUAUUGGAUGAACAUAUAAGUGAAAUGCGUGAAAAGAUAAGGGAAUUCAUUGAAGAGGAAAGCAAUCAGAGGUGGCUGUACCUUACCGAGGAUGACAUCAAGGGAUUACCCUGCUUUCAGAAUGGAACAUUAAUCGCAAUAAAAGCACCUGAUGGUACUACACUGGAAGUACCAGAUCCUGACGAGGCUGGUGAUUAUAUCAAAAGGAGAUAUCGAAUAGUAAUAAGGAGUACAAGGGGUUCAAUCGAUCUUUACUUGGUUAGCAAAUUUGAUGAGAAAAUAGAGGAGCUGGUUGAUGUUGCAACACCUCCAAGGCAAGCAGGUCUGGCAACACCUACUUCCAUGAAGGGCUUCAGAGCAAUAGAAGCUGGACAAAGCAGCGGAGCAAAGGACAUGUCGCCAAAUAUUCAGUAUAUCCACAAAACUCCAGAUCUAAAUGCUCAAGAUUUUGGAGGGGCGACGAUCACUCCAGAAGUUGAUACUGAUGCCGAUUACUGGAUUCUUACUGAUGGUGAUGAUGUUAGCAUUACUGAUAUGUGGAAAACAGCAUCAGAAGUGCAGUGGGAUCAGUUCUUAGCUAAAGAGGUGACUACUACCCCAUGCGCACUCAAGCAACAGCCAGCACUUGCGGGUAAACCUACAGUUGUACGUCCCACCCAUGGAUAACCAAGGAGAUAUCUUGGAACGACCAAAUUCUUUUUGGGGAAAGCAAAUGUUCUUCUUGGUACUCUUUGGAGGCUGGUGUUUUCUAUCAAAUUCUGCAUCCUUUCUUGGAAAAGGAAGGACGACAUGACAGUGGUCAAGAUAUACAGCCGGAGAUUGGCAUUUUGUUGAGGUCUGGCCAUAUGUGUUCAGUAACGUUUUGCUUCGCCGUGCCUUCAUAGUUUCAGUACGCCCUUUGAGUUAGGCAUAUGUAUGUUAAGGCGCUGCUGUUUUGCUUCAUCGAGCGACAUUUUGCCAACUUAAGUUAACCCCUGGGAAGGUCUUGCUGGUAUCUGGUUCUCCCUUGAAAUGACGCCACGAAAGUGUAAAUAUUCUGCAACAUGUCACAUGUGUACAAAAGGUAAUGCAUUAUGAACUUAUAUAUGACCUAUGUUGAGUAACUUGUGAAAAUCUCAGGCGGAAGAUUGUACUACUACUACAAGGCAUGUCGCCAUGCCUCCUGGUUUCCUCACUUGCUGGCAGCAGAUCCUAGCUAAAACUAGAUAUAUUUGCCAUGACUGCACUAUUAACCUCUGAGACAUUGCAUUUACUAAUUAUUCCGUGCCAUUUUGAAAGAGCGGCAGCAAA